AACAUUUCAGCUGUUGCUCUACACACGUGCGCUGUUAAAUAUUCUUUAUUGUUAUUUGAUUUAGUUGAACUUCCUAACAAAAAAUGAGUGACGAUGAGGAACACUACGAACCGAGAGCCCACAAGAAACUGCUGCAGGCCAUCGGGAGCUUGGGCAAGGUGCAGCACAUCCAAAAGUCCACUCGUGACGAGCACCAAUCGCACCAGGAUGAGUUCCAGCUGGUUAAGAGCGUGUCGUCGACCGGAACCGAGAGUGCUCCCAGGUCGGUGGGUCUUAAGGAUUUGGUCGAUAUCCUGCGCACCUCCUCAAAGCACAGUCAGACGGGAAAGAAACUGAAGAAUGUGCAGGGCAGCAAAAAGGUCCUAGAAAAGCCGCUGGAGAAACCGGUAGCAGAUCGCAUCAAGCGUACCAUUGGAUACGAAGGAGUGACCAAGAAACUGGGUCGUUGGGAUGCUGUGGUGGCCGAACAGCGAUCUGCGGAGACGCAAAUCUUUCCCUUACGGUCUGAGACGGUUUACGUGAACACAUCGUCCAGUGCGCGUUCAUUGAACACACGGGUGAAGUCCAAUCUCGCCAAAGAGCUUGAAGCCAGCAACCGUAAACUACGUGAGCUGCGCAAGGCUCAAAUUGGCGACACCACGGAUGAGAAGGAGCAGGCCAAACAGGAGCGUCUACUUCUUCAAAAAAAGCUUACCCGGGAUGAGCUCUUUGCCCGUCGCAAGGAGCUGACCUACCUUAAGAUGCGCGAGUCCCAGAAGUCAGCCAAAGCACGCAUGCAAAAUAAAAUUAAAUCCAAAAAGUUUCACAAGCUGCAGAAGCGUCAAAAGAUAUUAGAGCAGAUGAAGGAGUUUGAGCUGCUGCAGAAGACUAAUCCGGAAGCGGCGUUGGAGAAGCUCAAUGCCUUAGAAAAGAGCCGAGUGCAGGAGCGCGCCAGUUUGCGGCACAAGAAUACCGGUACAUGGGCCAAGAAUCUGCAGGUUCGAGCCAAAUACGACAAGGAUGUGCGAAAAGAUUUGGCUGAGCAAUUGGCUGUUAGCAGGGAGUUGACUCAGAAAAAGCAGGAAUCCGACAGCGAGGAUGAAUCCAGUAAAAAGAGAGUGGCUCCUGAAGAGGAAGACAGUGAUUACGAUCCCUUCAAUCCGUGGACAAAACGAAAAACUGUGGAAAAUGCCGAAACCGGAAAUAUCAAAAGUGAAAAUGGCAAUUGGCGGCAAUAUUGGACAAAACGAAACCAAGAUGAAAAGUUACUGGAGGAACAUCGUAAGGAUAUGGAAGAGGUAGAAAAGGACAAUGAUGAGCAAGAUGAUGAGGAUGAAACUCCACUUAUACCACAAACAAAAGCAAAACCUGCCAAGAAAAUUGUUAAGAAAUCAAAAGUUAAAAUAGAAAAUGGCUGGCAGGUCGAAGAAGUUGAACCGAAAAAAACCAUAAAACUAAAAGAAAAAUCUAAAGCCAAGUCCAUUGAUGAGAUAUUUGAAACACACGAUGAACAACUGAGAGCCAAGUUAAGCAAGAAGAUGGAGAAGCUUAAAGAAAGCAUAAAUAAACUCAAAGAAGUACCCGUAAAAGGAAAGAAGGCCAAGAAAAAGGAUGCCCUCAAGAAGCUCAAAAGUCUGGAAUUAAAAAAGACAAAACAGCAGAUUGAGAUUGACGAGCCCCUAAACUAUGAGGAUUUGACUAAGGAAUCGCAGAAGGAAAUCCCAGUCCCAGUGGAAAGUAAUCCAGAAAACACCGAGACCCCAGCUGUGGACACCAUAGAUCCCAACAAGGUGACAACUCUAGUCUUUUCACAAAAGAGGACGAGCUCUAGUGGCAUUAAUGAUGCCCUGAUUGACGAUGAAGAGGCGGAAUACGACGAAGCAGACGCUGCAGCUGAACGUCAAUUAACCAUUAGUCAAGCCUUCGAGGAUGAUGACAUUAUUGCUGAUUUUAACCGGGACAAGACCAAGGAUUCUGAACUGAAAAACACAGAGCUUCAACUAGCCCUGCCGGGGUGGGGAUCCUGGGCGGGUGCUGGCAUUUCACAAGCAGUAAUGGAGAGGCGUAACAAGCGACUCCUUCUCAAGCUGGCUGCUCCAGAAAAGCGACGAGACGAAAACAAGGAUAACCUCUACGUCAACGAAUCGGCUAGUAAACAAGCUCGCGAACAUAUGGUCUCCAGCAUCCCAUUUCCUUUCCGAUCCCUGGCAGACUACGAGGCCAGCAUUCGUGCACCAAUUGGUCGGAAUUAUGUGCCGGAGACGGCCUUCCGUAUGUUGACUCGACCGGCAGUUAUCACGCGUAAGGGCCAGGUAAUCGAGCCGAUGUCCGAGAGUGAGCUGGUCAAGCCGGACAGGCGUCUGCGUAACAUUGUGGACAGAAGGAUAAAGCGCCUACCGAAAGUGCCCUCCAAAAAGAAGAUAGCUUAGAACUAGGAAUAUAUUUUAAAAUAAAUUUGAAACAAAUUGAAAUUUAAA